AUGUCUAACGGAGCAGAGCCGGGCAAAGGUAGCCAUAACUAUCGCCUCCCGUACACAUCAGCGCAUGAUAGGCAUAUCCAGAACAUCAUUGACCAUACCACUACUCUUUUCCCGGACUACGACUAUCAAUUUUCACGAUUUCAGCUUCCUAGUAGCACUAAUGAAAGCGACAUAGAACCUGAAGGAGAUCAAGACUUAGAUGAUUUUGAUCGCACUCUACUCGGUCGAUUGCAUAGGCCUGCCCAUCUUCAUCAGUCGGAACAUCGUGAUCAACGCAUAUCACUACCCCUUACCAAUACCCCUAAUCAAGCAAGACGUGUUAUAGGAGAUGCAAGCCAUCAUUUUAGGGCAUUCGCGACGCGUGAUCCAGGCCACCAGUCGCCGUUUUCAAGUAUUGCAGCUCAUAUAGAGAAAAUCAAACCGAGUCCAAGCUCCCAGUCAAUAUUUGAGCGUGGCGGUGGAUCGGGCAGAAUAGGAGAAUUACAACCUGGAGUGCAAAUGAUGACACCUCCUUUCUACACCGCUCCAAACUCAAAUGCAGCGUUCGAAAGCUCGCUCACCAGCAGCUCCCCUACAAUUAUUGGCGGGUCUAGUCCUUCUAUGCGCCUGAGCCUUAAACAAAAGGCUAAAGGAGCUAAUAGUCCUCUUAUAUCCCAUAAAAGAGCAAGUCGGUUAGAUUUAAACCUCAACCAUGCUCCGGAUGAGCCGCCUAUCGUGAAUUCCACUCGCCUAAUCGAUCCAAGGCAGGCACUGCCUGACAAGUUCCGGGCUGUUUUCCCUUACGAGCUCUUUAACGUUGUCCAAUCUAGAUGUUUCCCACUCGUAUACGGCACAAACGAUAAUGUUGUCGUCUCGGCUCCGACGGGUUCUGGCAAGACAGCUAUUCUGGAAAUGGCUAUCUGCAAGCUUGUAAUGAGCCCGGGUAGUGAGAAUUACAAAAUCGUCUAUCAAGCGCCAACAAAGUCCUUAUGUUCAGAGCGAGCGAAAGACUGGCAAAACAAAUUUAGUCAUAUGAAUCUAGGAUGUAUCGAACUUACCGGCGAUACUUCGCAAACAAAGGCGAGUCGAGUAGGCAGUGCAUCAAUUAUCGUCACUACCCCUGAGAAGUGGGAUUCUAUAACCAGAAAGUGGUCAGAUCAUCGGAAACUACUGGAGAUGGUCCGUCUAGUCCUAAUUGACGAAGUACAUAUCCUAAAAGACGUUCGCGGCGCCACAUUAGAAGCUGUUGUUUCUCGUAUGAAAACUAUUGGGGCAAAUAUCCGAUUUAUUGCUUUAAGUGCUACCGUCCCAAACAUCGAAGACAUUGCGAAGUGGCUCGGACGAGACCAUUCGAAUCAACAUGACGCAGCCCGGACUGAGGCAUUUGGUGAGGAACUACGGCCAGUCAAACUACAGCGAUAUGUGUACGGAUACGAAGGUUGCUCGAAUGAUUUUUCAUUCGAAAAGUCUCUCGACGGGAAGCUGGCCAUGCUACUUGGAAAGCAUUCAGAGAAGAAGCCAAUCAUGAUAUUCUGCUUUACCCGAAAGUCGUGCGAGCUAACCGCUCGGAAGCUAGCUGAAUGGUGGUCAACCUGCAGCGUAGAAGACCGAGCUUGGCCAGCACCGACAAGACGAGUCUCAGUGACAAGCGCAGAGCUCCAGGAGAUCGCACGAUAUGGUGUGGCUUUUCACCACGCGGGUCUCGACACACAGGAUAGAUUAGCAGUAGCACAGAACUUCCUCGAUGGCCAGAUUCAUGUUAUCUGUUGCACAUCGACUUUAGCAGUUGGAGUGAACCUUCCUUGUCAUACCGUGGUUCUAAAGGGGACAGUUGCGUACUCCGACAACAAGCUUCAAGAAUAUUCAAACCUGGAGGUUAUGCAAAUGCUUGGUCGUGCUGGCCGACCACAAUUUGACGAUAGCGCUGUUGCCAUUAUUAUGACUCGUACAGCAAACGUUGAUCGAUAUAAAAGCAUGAUAUCUGGGGACGAGACUUUAGAAAGCACGCUUCAUCGAAACCUGGUCGAACAUCUCAACUCCGAAAUCAGCUUGGGCACGAUACAAGACGUCCAGACUGCGAAGAAAUGGAUUGGGGGAACGUUCCUCAGUGUACGAGUACGUCAAUCUCCAUCGCUCUAUCACCUUGAAGAUGUCCGCAAUGCCGAAGACGCCGACAAGAGAAUGGAAGAAUGGUGCGAGCGCGAUCUCAAGCUACUACAGCAAAACGGGCUAGUUACUGGGCAAGCGCCAUUUCGGUGUACAGAAUAUGGACACGCUAUGUCAAGGUACAUGGUCAACUUCGAGACUAUGAAGGAGCUCCUAUCAAUUCCUCGGGGUGCGGCACUUCAAGAGACACUCGCUACGCUCUGCAAGGCUAUGGAGUUCAAAGACUUCCGAUUUAAGCCUGACGAGCGCGCUGUAUUCAGAGACCUGAAUAAAUCCCCUUUCAUCCUCCAUCCAAUCAAGGAGACUUUGACGCAGACCUGGCAUAAAAUAUUCGUCAUGAUCCAGGUCCACCUUAGGGGUGUGGAGCUGCCAAACGAAAAGGGGAUUGGCCUUCUCAAGCAGAGAAUUGCAAUGGACAAAGUUGCUAUAUUCGAUCGAAUGAAUCGCCUAGUACGUUGCUUUGUAGAUUGUCGCGCAUUUGAUGGUGAUGGGUUGGGUACAAAGAUCGGUCUUGAACUCGCCCGUGCCCUCGCUGCAAAUUCGUGGGAGAAUAAACCAUCACAGCUUUCUCAAAUCCCAGGGUCUGGUCCUGUAAUGGUUCGGAAAUGGGUCAGUCAUGGAGUCCAUACAGUACUAGGACUCGCCGACAGGGACUUCGGCGAGAUCGAGCGUAUUUCAAGCAGGAACCCUCCGUACGGGGUGAGGCUGUUGAAGACUCUGGAAAACUUUCCCCGCCUGGCCAUGGGAGCUAACCUCAUCACUGGCACUGCACACUCGUCGCAACUGGAACACAAUGUGACAGUAACAGUGAAAGUUAACCUCCGCUAUUGCAAUACGAAGGGUGUACCGAAGUGGAACGAUAAAAUACCAGCGGUGACAUUCAUGGCUUCGACAACAGAUGGUAAUCUUGCGUACCUUUGGCGAGGGAGCCUGAAUAAAAUCAACAGGGCUACCGGCCUGGAUCUGAGAUUCCCUGUGGCGAUUGGCGGUUCAGAUCAAAAGAUAUCUUGUUACUUCAGCUGCGAAGAGAUUGUUGGAACCCAAGUCACCAAAACACUAGAGCCUAAUAUACCCGAAUCAGCAUUCAGAAAUAGAAAGGCCCAACCGGUACAGCGUCAGACAGCUACCAUAGAAUCUUCAGAAGAUGAUAUGGACUAUGGAGACCUUCCCGAUGAAGACAUGUUGAAUGCUGCUUUGACCUCAAUGGACCAGAAUGGCGAGGCAGAGUCACAAGAUUUCUCGGGUCCGCUGGAUGAUACUGAAGAUUUCCCACUUAUUGACAAUGUGCUAACCCAAGAGAAGAGCCAUCUGGUCUCCGAACCUGCUAAGAUGGAAAACGGAAGAUGGAUGUGUAACCACCCUUGUCGUAACGGCCGUCCCACCGGCGCGGGAAAGCCUUGUAAUCACAGAUGCUGCCACGAGGGGGUGGAUAAACCUCGACCGCCACCACGAGAUAAGAAGAAGGACAAAGGUGCUGCGGGAGAUGAUACAGUUAAAGGCGACCCUGCCAAAGUCCCAGAAAAGCAUUCAGAAGUCCUCCAAGCCAACAAGAACGACAAUACCGGCAGAACCAACGGGAAACGAUUAGUAGGACCUAUGCCUGCUACUCUUUCUGAAUCCUAUGACGUAGGUGCUAAGCAAACGGCUGACACAAGCUUCCCGAAAACUACUCUACCUAACACGAAGAGAAAGCGCUCAGCAAAAGAUGGUAAAGGGAUGAGACUCGCUAAGAAAAAAAGCAAGGCUAUGGAUCAUAGCGUAAACAUGGAUGUAUCGGAUAUUGAGUGCAUCGACCUCUCUACAAUUCGGAGCAAUUAUGAGACUAAUUGCUCCCCUCCGAAUUUAUCGCUCCCCCACGGGAUGGGUCAAAAAGCUACCAAUUCACUCUCAACCAUGAACACUUCGAAAACCCGCUCCACGCUUGUUCCAUCCCAAGAACCCUUGGAUAAGAUGAUGGAGUCUUCUGAUAAAGCGAAUGCGGCCUGGGGUGGAAGCGAAGAUUAUAUGCAGUAUGAUAGCGACAUGUUUGACGAUGAAUUUCCUGAUCUUCAAAGGAUUAUCACAUCUAAGUUGUCGAAGAAUGACGGAAAAUCUCAAACAACAUUGAAGAGAGAUGAAACCCUAUAUCCUGGCAAUGUUCAAGUCCUGAAAGAAAGCAUAGAUCAUGGUUAG